AUGGAGAUCGAAAAUGACGUGUCAAGCACGCCCGUCGCAGGUGGUAGGAGGAAAUCAGGACGCGCCGUGAAAGCACCUGAGAAGUUCGUUCCUGAUCUACCAUCAUCUGCCGUUCGAUCCACAAACGCCAAAAGGAAGAGGUCAGAUGAAGAAGGAGAGGAUGACGCGUCAGAGGAAGAAGAAGUAGAACCAGAAGAAGAGGAUGAGGAUGAUGAAUUAGAGGAAGAAAGUGCGGGGGAAGAAGAGUUAAAAGAAGCUCGAAGGAAAGCCAGAACUUCGAAGAAACCGGCAGCAAAGAAACCCAAAAUCAACGGUACAGCGCCGCAUGCUAGAGCGCCUGCUGUAAGAUUACCAAAUCGACCCAAGACAGCAAAGAAAGUUGUUAUAGCAGAUGAUACUACUGAAGGACUUUAUGCCGAUGUUUAUACGAGCGGGCAAUCAUCCGACGAAGUGGUUUCUAAGUUCCUGGAAAAAUACGCACAGAAUGGCCCUGGGGCUGUGGCCGAAUUGAUAAAUUUUGUCUUGAAGAGUGCUGGCUGUGACCUUCAAGUCACUGAGGAUGAUGUUAAUGAUUCAGAUAAUGUUAAUGGGAAGAUUUCAGAUCUUCAGGAAGAGCACCAAACACAAAACAUAUCCGACUACCCAUUAAUCUCACGAGCGAAGAACAGUCAUGCCUUUCGCGCCUCUUUCCUCGAUUUCUUCGACUCCUUAAACAGAACAAUGGAUGCAUCUGGAGCACUUUACGAUGAGGAUGAACCAUUAAUGGAAAGCAUAUUUCAUUGGAUGGCUUCUAUGUCAUCUUCGAAUCUACGACCUUUUAGACAUACUGCGACUGCCGUCGCUUUGACCAUUGCAACCUCUACGUGUCAAAUUGCGAAAGAACAAAUAGAAAUCGCUGCGAAAACCUUACGUCAGCUUGAGGGAGAAAAGAAAAACAAACGACCCAACAAAGGUAGACUUGCAGAUUUUGAGAAGAAGGUUCGAGACGGGGAAGGAAAGAAAGAAAUUCUAGAAGAGAGACUCAAGGAUAUCUUUGAUACAAUUUGGGUGCAUAGAUAUCGAGAUGUUGACCCGAAGAUUAGGAUUGAAUGUAUUGAAGCGCUAGGCUUGUGGAUUCAUACUUUACCUAGUUAUUGGUUUGAUGGGCAAUAUCUACGAUACCUGGGAUGGAUGCUUACAGAUGCUGCAUCGACCAUGCGCCUCGAAGUGGUCAAACAGCUGAUAAGAAUUAUGAAGAACCCCUCCAAUAUCCCAAGAUUAGGUACAUUUAUCGAAAGAUUCAGACCACGUAUUAUUGAGAUCGCCACAAGAGAUUCCGAUGCUGCUGUUAGGUCGAAUGCGGUUGAUUUGGUUGAUAUACUUCGAAAGGGAGGAAUGCUUGAACCAGAUGACAUUGAUGUUAUUGGGAAGCUCAUUUUCGACUCGGAACCCAAAGUACGCAAAGCCGUGGUUGCAUUUUUCGUUGAGAACGUCAAGGACGUUUUCGAGGAAAAGAUCGAGGAACUGGGAGGAGAAGAUGCCUUGGAAGAGAUUUUGACAGUUGAUGAUGAUGAUUAUGAGUCGCCUCGUGCUAGUUGGAUUAAACUCAAGUGUCUUGCAGAGGUAUUACAAAAUUAUGACGUUUCAGACCAGGAUGAAAUGCCAAGCAAAGUAGAGCAAGCGACCGUCGAACGUUAUUUAGACCUUUCUGGUGGAGAGUCGAGGUUUACCCUUGCGGCUCAAGCUUUAUACGACAAAAUGCCGGAGCUCAGGGAAUGGGAGGUUUUGGCCGGCUACUUAUUACAUGAUCAUUCUUCCAACCCCAAAGGCAAGGGAACUAAUCGAGCAUUGAAGGAGACUUUUAAACCCGAAGAGACCGAAGAGAUCAUACUGCUAGAGAUAUUAAAUGCAGCGGUCAAGCUCAACCUGAACCAACUCGGCGAGCCAGAUAAAUCAAGAGACAAAAGCAAGAAGAGAAAUGCUAGAGCCGAAUCAGCAGAAAUCAAAGAGACAACAGCUCGUCAUUUAGCAGACAUUAUUCCAAGAUUACUAAAGAAAUUUGGAGCCCACCCGAUAACCGCCACUGCUGUAUUACGUUUGGAACAUUCUCUGAACCUUGGGGUCUUCCAAGAACUGCGACAAGACUCAACGGGAUAUGCUAAAUUACUUGACGAGAUUAGUGCUCAAUUCAGCGGCCACGCCGACAAGAACGUCCUCACUGAAGCAAGCGCAGCAAUAUUACAUGCAAGAAGCUACGAAGAACUGGAAGAUAUCACAGAAAGCAAACUCCAAACAUUAUGGGAGGACACCACGAACAUACUUCAAAACAUCAACAAAGCUGGCGAGGUAUCUGUCAGAGGAGAUUUCACGGAUUCAAUUCUUGUAGAACUUUCAACCACUCUUGCAAAAGUGGAAAAGCUAGCAAGUAUUUCGAAUUGUGUGGAAAUUUUAGAGGCCGAAGCUAAUAGCAAAACACCUUCUCCUAUCAGUAUCAUUCUUGAUGUUGUUGCAAGAGGACAACUUGAGGAGGCAAACCCAGAUAUUGAUGCUCAAGAGGAUGAAAUCGUUAUAUCGGCUAUCCGUUCAGCCACGUUCUAUUUUAUGUGGAAAGUACAUUCAUUAACAAGAUCAAUCGCAUCAGGAGAAGAAAUCUCAGAUCAUGACAUUGAUUCUCUCAAAGAUUGUCAAGAAACCUUCAUACAAAAUCUUGUUGCCGCUUUAUCGUCCCGCAGUACCCUUGAUCCAGUCCGUCUACUUGCAACAGGUGCUCUUCUCGACCUUCAUGUUUUAUUCGCCACUUUACGACCUCAAGCUACUGCUACUGGACGAAAAGACACUCAAAAUCAAUUCGAGCAUAUACAAUCUCUAUUUAAAGAGAUUACCCCAGAAGCUCAAACAGAAUUAACAUCUAUCUUUGACCAUGCCGAGAAACACUUUGCGAAAAAGACCAAAAAACGUCUAGAAGAGCCAGAUGAUGAUGAAGCCCCUGAAGACGAACCCGAGGACUCCGAAGAUGAAGAUGAGGAUUCCACAGAGAAUGAACGAAAAAGUGAAAUACUCAAAGCGGAACAACAACUUUGUGAAUUAACAGGAAAACUUAUCUUAGCUAUUCUCGCAAGAGUCAUUGAUGCGUCAGGACCUGUGAAAGGGAAGUUACGUAAACGUAUUGAGAGGAAUAGGGCAAGGUUGGGACAUAAUUUCAAGGAAGUAGUAGCAUACCUUGAUGAACCUAAAGAAAAGGCGAAGAAGAAUAAGACAAAGGCUCAAUUAGCAGCGGCGGCUGCACAAGCAAAGAAAGAAGCUCUUAGGAUGGAAUUAGAAGAUGAAGAUGUGGACGAGGAAGAAGAAGAUGACGAUCCAUUCGCAGAUGCCGAACCCGAAGAAGGAACCAGAGCAGAUCUUAAGAGAAGAGAAUUGAUUGAGGAUGUGAGCGGUGAUGAAGGAGAAGCAGAAGUUGAAGAAAAUGGUGAUGCGGCUGAUGAUGAUGAGGAUGAAGAUAUGUUGGGUGAUUGA